AACAAAACAACUAAAUAUUUUGUUAUUAAUUAUUCUAUUAUAAGUUCAUUUUAAUAUUGAUCUUAUCUACUGCCCAAUAAUGUGUCAUCAAAUUGUGUCAAUGUCACAGGAUUUCGGCAAAUUCGUCUGAGUGUGAUAAAUUGAUAACAACAUUAAAAUUUUGCACGUAUAAUACGGCAAAUACGCUUUUGUGAAUUUAUAAUAUCUGUUAAUCAACAAAAUUCAUCAUGUCAUCUUGGAUUCCGAUGGAAUCUAAUCCAGAAGUUAUGACAAAGUUUUUACAUAAAUUAGGCGUAGCAAAAGAUUGGUCUGUUGUUGAUGUUUAUGGUCUGGAACCUGAUCUGUUGGCACUUGUACCUAAACCAGUUGUUGCUGUUAUUUUGCUAUAUCCUUUAUCCAAAAAGGGUGAUAAUAGCUUAGAAGACAAAGAAUCAGAAGAAGAAGAAGAUGUAAGUAUUCCUAAAGAUCCAGAAGUUUUUCAUAUGAAACAGUACAUUCAUAAUGCCUGUGGUACAAUCGCAUUAAUUCACAGUGUUGGCAAUAAUCGAGACAUCAUAGAUCUUCAGGACGGUUUCCUAAAAACCUUUUUAGAUGAAGCGAAAAAUCUUUCUUAUAUGGAAUGUGGGAAGCUUUUAAUGGAGUCCGACGGUAUUAGUAUCACUCAUAAAGAUGUGGCACAAGAGGGUCAAACAGAGGUACCAAGCGAUGAAAUACCAGUGUACCAUCAUUUUGUAGCACUUAUACACAAAAAUGGAGUAUUAUAUGAAUUAGAUGGACGUAAACCUUCUCCUAUUAAUCAUGGUACAACUAGUCCAGAAACACUGUUAGAAGAUGCAGCACGUGUUUGUAAAGAAUAUAUGGCUCGUGAUCCAGAAGAAGUGUGUUUCACAGUUCUUGCUCUUGCUAAUAGCGAUGCAGGAGCAUUGUAACUCACUAAAUACAAUAUAGCAUAUCCAUUUUAAGAUAACUGUUGAAAUAAUUUAUUUUAUACAUUAUACAUGUACAUCUGCUUUUUAUAUUGCAUUUAUUAACAUUUGCUUAUUACUGUAUUAUAAUAUGGAUAUUCGCGAUAUAAGUACGUAUCAAAUGUAAAACAUAUCUAUUUCAUCGAAUGAUAAAACCAUAAAAAAUAAUUAAAAUCGCAUAAAAGCGAAACUUCAAUAGUUUUAUAUCUUUUAUACUAAUUUUACUAUAUCAUUUUUUUAUACUAUUUUUUGACGAAUAAAUGUGACGCAAAUAUUUUCAUAAAUUUUGAUUAAUAAGAUAUGAAUAUAAAUAAAUAUAUAUAUAUAUAUCACUAUCAAUAAGUAUAUAUCAAUCUUAUAGUAGUAGUUGUGUGAUAGUUGUUUGUAUCGUUGUUUAUAAAUAUUCGCUCUAAGCAACUAAAAAUAUGUGUAUCUGUACUUGCUAUACUUAUUAAAAAUGUUUUUUCUAGAAAAAACGAAAUGCAUCUAGUAUUCAAAUUUAUUAUACAAUAAUUCCUACUUCUAUGUCAACUAUUUUUAAAAUUAACAUUAUUAUAAAAAAUAAUUUGUACAAUUUAAUUAUCUUUAAAAGCUUAGAUUGUUCAGCUUUCUACGUUGUAUUAUCAUGUUAAUGACUCAUGUAUUUCAAUGAAAUUUUUCCAAAACCUG